AUGCCGACGCCAUCCUCAGAACCGCCGCUCGAUCCUUCGUCACCGCCGUCUUAUAACCUGGCGACUUGUCCCGACGAGUUGCAGCAUUCGUCAUACAGCGCCCAGACAUCCCAUGAAGAGAUGACUCCUGGCUUGGAGUCGCCUUCGGACAGGCUGAGCCAAUCACCUCGCGAGGCCCCUUCUGUCGACUCGGAGCAGUCAGGAAACAUAAUAAGAGAGAAUUCUUCAGCCACGGACGAUCGCAUCUCCGCCGAUCCAUCGUCGCGCGCGACUACAGUAUCACCACGUCCUCGAUCUAGCACGGCUGGCGCAACAUCCCCUCCUCCCGAUAUCGGCAACGGCAAGCAGCAAGAGCACGAACGCCGGCCCGUCAACGAUCGAAAACUUGUUACGGGCAGUCCUUAUCCCGCCGCUACCGCCAAUCAACAAGAAGCGGGCGACAACGAGUCCGACACAUGUGACGAAGAUACGCAGAGUUCAUGUUACACUGGUCUUGACUACUCGAAUAAAAGAUCUAUUCCCUUUAGCCCAUCAUCGUACCUGCGACCGGGUACUAAAUUCUUCGGCACACAACAGUCUGAACGACAGGUUUACGAGGUUCAAGUCGAAAUCAAAUACGUGGAUAUGCGCGAGUCAUUCCUAUGCGGUUAUCUGCGUAUUCAGGGUCUCACGGAAACUCACCCCACACUCACCACAUACUUUGAAGGCGAAAUCAUCGGAACGAGGUACAGCUUCUUCACACAGCACGAUGACUGGGGUGCCAACUCUAAGGUAGACUUAAGCCACUGGUCCAAGUUUUCUGCAUUUCGGCCGUACCAGAAGCAGGCUAAAAAGGGCACCUCCUCUAUACCCGAUGUUGCGCAAAAGGAAUUCAUUUUUAUGCGAUGGAAGGAGCAUUUCCUAGUGCCGGAUCAUCGUGUCCGCACUAUCCAUGGAGCCAGCUUUGAGGGUUUCUACUAUAUAUGCUUCAACCAGGUGAAAGGCGAAGUCAGUGGCAUAUACUUUCACUCAAAGAGCGAAAAGUUUCAACAACUGGAACUGAAGCAUGUUCCCGAUCGAGGAUGCUUCAUGGCCAUGGAGUUUCGAUAA